CACCACCAUUUCACAAAGGAGGCGGGAUCAUUUCCAAGGAUUCGUCCGCAGUGACCUCGGACACAUCCUUCCUCCCCUUUAAUUCGCAGUUUAUUUUAUUUGUGUAUCUAAAUUAGAAAAUGGCGUUGCUAACACCUCUCCUCGCAUUCCUCUAUCACUUGCCGCAGGUGUACAAGUGGCUGCUAAAGCCAUACUAUGUCGCGUCUCUGUUCAUGUCAAUCGCGUUUCUCAUGAUCCGCAAGACGCCAGGCGUCUGCGAACAUCUUUCGACAGAACGAGAGGAUGGCAACCCCUGCGACUUUGACUGGAGAGAAGUGGAGAUUCUUAUGUUCCUCAGUGCGAUCGUCAUGAUGAAAAACAGAAGAGCUAUAACGGUGGAACAGCAUGUGGGGAACAUCAUUCUGUUCAGUAAGGUGGCCAACGUUAUCCUCUUCUUCAGACUGGACAUCCGCAUGGGCCUGCUCUACCUCACCCUCUGCAUUGUGUUCCUGAUGACCUGUAAGCCUCCUCUCUACAUGGGCCCAGAGUACAUCAAGUACUUCAGUGACAAGACCAUAGAAGAUGAGUUGGAGAGGGACAGCAGGGUGAUGUGGAUCAUAGAGUUCUUCGCUAACUGGUCCCCAGAGUGUCAGUCCUUUGCCGCCGUCUACGCAGACCUCUCCCUCAAGUAUAACUGUGCUGGGCUCAAGUUUGGGAAGGUGGACAUCGGACGGUAUGGAGAUGUGUCAAAGAAGUACAAGGUGAGUACCUCUCCCCUCUCCAAGCAGCUGCCCUCGCUGGUGCUGUCAGGGGGCAAGGAGGUGAUGAGACGCCCCCAGGUGGACAAGAAGUGUAGGGCCGUGUCCUGGAGCUUCACUGAGGAGAACAUCAUCCGGGAGUUCAACCUGAACGAGCUCUACCAGAAGUCCAAGAAACUCAACAAGUCCAAGGGAGACCGGAGCGACAAGAUCAACGAAUCACAGUUCCCGCCCGUGCUCGAAGAGGAGGAGCCAGAGGUCGACGCCCAGGAGGAGGAGACUGAGACCAAGAAGGACAAAUAGAAUUGUCAUGGGUAGUGGCCUCAGAAGAACGCUGUGACAUCACAAUGGGACUAGUUGGCGUUAUGCUGAUGCUGGAGGGGUGUGAUGUUCUAUCGAGGGAACAAACACAUGAUUGUUAUGAAUCCUUUUUGUUUUGCUGUAUACUGUAUGCAACAAGAUUUGAGUUGCAAAAUAAUUUAAUUAUUGUUAUGAUUAAUUCAAUAUUAACUAACUUAAAUCUAAACUGUACAGUUA